AUGUUUUCAAUUUGGUUAUUAUUACUAAUAACUCAAUCAAUCAAUAUCAUCAUUGCAAUAAAUUUACGUUGUAAUGAAGAUAUCAAUGGAUCUUUUCAAAUAAUUGAAAAUUGUCGAGCAUGUGUUAUUUUUAUUGCUCCUGCAAUUUUAUCUACACCUAGUACAACAACAAAAGCGACAACUUUAACAAAAAAUAUGUUUACAUCAUAUGCUGAACCAUCAUUAGAAGAACUGUUUUUAUUUGGUGAAGCAAAACGUCGUCGUCGUCGUCGUCGUCGACGUGAUGUUGAUACAAUAAUUCAUCAACAAUGUGCUCGAGAAUUAGACGGUCCAUUAUAUGGUUACGAUCAAACACAUUGUUAUUGUAAUUCUAAUCAAUGUAAUUCAAAUAUUCAACGAUGUAUUUAUGAAGUAACAUCAAAACGUCAUUUUGCAUGUUAUCAUGGUUCUAAUUCCAGUUUAUAUCCACUUGAAAUUCGUCAUAAAUGUCGUAGUUGUCGUAUACGUACGGAAUUUAAGUCUAUGUAUCAUUAUGAAUGUUUAAUAUUUGGUGAACGUGAACAAAAUAAUCGAACUCAUUGUACAUGUCAACGACCAAUGUGUAAUCAAGAUGUAUCAACAUGCCAACGAUUUCAACAAGCACCAUCUCAACCACGAUUAAAUUUAGCUCUUGAUGUUCCUUUGAAUUCAACUAUAUCAACAACAAUAACAACAACAACAAUGUCUACUAGCACCUCUACUAUAAAGAUAUUCAUCGCAACAACAGCAACAACAACGACAACAACAACAGCAUCGACCACUACUUCUAGUAGUAGUACUAGUAUGACUACGACUGUUAUUACUACUACAAGCUCAACUUCGAGCUCAAGUACUACUACUACUACUACUACAAUCGCAACCACAACGAUUGUAACUACAACAUUACCAGUUACUACAACGCCAAUCACAACUACAUUACCAGCUAUAAUUGAAACUGAAGAAGAAAUUUCAAUUGAAAAUUCUACAAUAAUUGAAUUGACAAGUACAAAUGAAAUAACAACAUCAUUUAAUGAAAUACAACAUCUUAAGACAGUGUAUAUUGAUGUUAAAAAUCAUGGAAAUUAUUUAUUAUCGAAUUUUCUUUUAAUUUGUACUUUAUUUCAAACAUUUUUUUCCUUUUUAUUUAUUCGAUGCUAUUACUAG